CCCUUGCAGAUGUCGUGGCAACCGCAGUACCACAGCUCCAAGUUCCGCCAUGUGUACGGCAAGGCUGCCAGCAAGGAUAAGUGCUAUGACUGCGUCCCCAUCACCCACAACGUCCUGGACAACCACUUCUGUGCUGUCAACAUCUACUUCAUUGCAGUGGUGACUGAGUGCUCAGGGGGAGGGUCCUUCCUCGUCAUUCCCAUCCAGAAGACAGGCAAGCUUGACCCACACUAUCCCAGAAUAUGUGGGCACAAAGGCAAUGUUCUGGACAUCAAGUGGAACCCAUUCAAUGACUUUGUUAUAGCUUCCUGUUCAGAAGACACCACAGUUAAAAUCUGGGACAUCCCCAAGCAAUUCAUGACAAGAAACAUCACCACUCCAAAGAAGGAACUCGUUGGGCACAUUCGAAGAGUGGGCCUCAUUGAAUGGCAUCCGACUGCUAACAACAUCCUCUUCAGCUCCAGCUAUGACUACAAGAUAAUGAUCUGGAACCUUGACUCUGAGAAGACAGUCAUCCUGAACCCUGUGAAGAUCCUUGAUGUUCACAAGGAUGUGGUGCUCUCCAUGUCCUUCAACAUGGAUGGCAGCCUCCUCGCCACAGCCUGCAGGGACAGGAAGAUACGGCUGAUAGACCCUCGUGCAGGAACAGUCCUCCAAGAAGCCAGCUGCAGGUCUCACAAAGCCAAUAAAGUCUUAUUCCUUGGAAACAUGAAAAAGCUGUUUUCUACUGGAACAUCUUGGUGGAAUAAUAGGCAAAUAGCAUUGUGGGAUCAAAAUGACCUUUCUGUGCCUUUGCUGGAGGAGGAUCUGGGUGGCUCCUCAGGACUCCUGUUUCCUUUCUAUGACUCAGACACACACAUGCUUUACGUGGUGGGAAAGGGUGACGGAAAUAUUCGGUACUAUGAGAUAAGCCCUGAGAAACCAUACCUGAACUUCCUGACGGAAUAUCGUUCUCAUCUACCACAGAAGGGAAUGGGAGUGAUGCCAAAGAGAGGCAUUGAUGUGUCAUCUUGUGAGAUUUUCCGUUUCUACAAGCUGAUUCCAACGAAAAACCUGAUUGAGCCUGUCUCCAUGAUAGUCCCUCGACAGUCGGAGUCGUACCAGGAAGAUAUCUACCCCAUGACCACAGGAUCCCAGCCAGCCCUGACAGCACAAGAGUGGCUGAACGGAAUUAACAAAGAGCCCAUCUUGAUAUCCUUGAGACCAGGCUCUAGAGAUACGAGUUCCUUACCACAGCUUCCUGAGCCAAAGCAAGUUGUGGAAACGUCUGACCUCAGCUGUAAGAAGGGUGAGGGAGAAGAGAUUCCAGUGGACAACGUGCAGAAGCCAAGUGAGACUGCACAUGAUAGAAAAAGGCUGGAAGUGAAGGAGAAAUCACUGGAAGAGGAGCCAGCGUGCCUUGACAAUGGCUUUGACAUGUUUAAGUGUCCACCACCAAAAACUGAAAGUGAGCUUUGGCAGAUGCUUUACCAGCAACAGGAUGAAAUUCGUAGACUUCAUGAGUUGGUAAACCAGAGAGAUGUCUACGUUAAACAGCUGCGGCUGGAGCUCAGAAAUCUUCACAUGGACAUGGGCAGAUAUUGA